AUGUCACGAUCGAUUUGUCUGUGCGGAAAUUUACAGGGCGACGUGUCCUCGGUGGACAUGGUGCAGGUGCUGCAGACGCAGUUCGCGCCUCUGGCCGAGGCCCUGUGCAAGGCCGUGUUCGACCUGACCUCGAGGGGCGACACGGCCACGCUGGACACUAUCUCGGCCCAGCUGACGGCCGCCUUCCCGGCCAUCGAGCGGCCGGGAUCGGACGUCGUGUACCGGGCCCUGGGGGCCCUUAUCCGGGAGAGGCGCCUCUACCACACGGGCGUCGGGUACCAGGUGGCGGCCCCGGACACGUUCCUGCAGACGUCGCCGUCGCCGGUGCCCACGGAGCGGCCCAUGCUGCUCACCAACGAAGAGGCCAUCUCGAGACUGCACGGCACGCCGCCGACGUCGGCGCCGCACACGACCGACGAGUCGGCGGCCGAUGGCAGCACGCUCGAGCGCAGCGCCUCCAUGAGGCUCCUGGGCACGCGGGACAGGGCCUCGGAGCCCGGCCUGGGCGCCAGGCUGAGCCGCAGCAGCUCGGUGCGGCUCUGCAGGACCACCGUCCAGGACAACCUGCUCAUCACGCCGGCGGCCAGCAAGAGGGCCGGCCGUUCAGAGGCCAGCAACAAACGAGAUGGCCACGGCAAGUCCUCGGUCUUCAGCCGCUGGUUCCGGAGAAGUCGAUCGGAGAAGCGGUCCGAAGCGUCCGUGGCCUCGGCGGCGGGCUCGUCUUCGGCCAAGAAGCAGCUGUCCACCUUCUCGGCCCAGUUUCCGCCGCUGGAGUGGAACGACCCGGACUACGUGCACUACCACUCCAGGGCCACCCAGACGGUCCAGCCGGACGUCCAGCCGUACGCCGUGCUCAAGCCGAGGUCCUCCAGUGCCAACCGCAUCCGCCACUCGAGCAACGGGGACACGCCGGACGCGAGCCUGGACCGCUCCGACCGGCGCUCCAGGAGUUCCAGAGGCUACCGGACUCCGCGCAAGGCCACCAUCAGCGCGGAAGACCCAGACUCCUCGGCGACCCUGUACCGACACCGCAGCGCGUCCCCGGCUCGCCGAAAUGGGUCCCGACACACGCUGACCGGGUCGACGCCCACCUUCCGUCGCCUCCCAUCGACGGCAGAGGUCCGCACCCCACCGGCGUCCAGAAGAGCCUACCGACACCAGCGUGCCCUGCCGCCCUUGCCGGUUGAGAGGCUCAACAACGGCGGCCUCAGACACGAAGAACAGCGCUACAGACUCCCGAACUUCACCAACAACGCGCUGGAGCGGCCCAAGGACGAGAACGAGCCGACGCACAGGGGCGUCACGGAGUACAACAAUAGGUUCAGGCCGCCGCCGCCACCCCUGCACGUCUACGAAGGACGGAGGAGCAGCAUUGCGGGAACCACGCUGGACAUCGACAACGUCGCGUCUACGGGAAAAUUGGACGCGCCGCGACACUCGACAACGUUUUCGAUGAAAAACCUGCAGCAGACGACGUUCCCUUCGGCCAGAGGGUCUCAUAUAAGCGCCGAAGACCUAAAGAAUAUCCAGAAGGCGGACGAGCGACCACACGCGAUCUCGAGCAUCAAGAACUUGCAGUGUGGUCCGAUGGUCAUCAGUAAGCCUCCGCCGCCGGUCGAACCGAAACGAACCACCACGUUUACCACCACGGACACGGUGACGCUAAAGAACAUCCAGAACCUCAAUUCGGCCGCGGACCUUGAAAAGGCGAAGCCGUCGCUGCAGACUCUCAAGAACCUACAGCCUUCGACGAACACGACGACUGUCUCGAUCAAGCAGACCAAUGGGAAUGUGAGAGGCGAAGACAACGUGGACGCGGCCAAAAAAAUCGCCACAAACCUCAUUCUGGAGGAAAAAAUAGAGGCGCAGAGGAACUCAUCGACGCUGCCCGCCCCAACUGGGUCCAUCAAGAAGAUCGUCGAAGAGAAAUCGGUGCAGUCCACCGUGGAGUCAACUGGGAAGUUGGGCAACCUUAAGAGCACAGUGGACGUAAAUAUGGAAGUCGUCACAGAAGUGGGAAGCUCGAGGACUGUGACUAACAUCACAACGUCUCUCUCCCACGCGCUUCCCAAGACAGUCUCCCCCGAAGACACUGGAAGAGCUGUUACCGGUAAGCAGAUCGUCAAGGCACCAAAACCACCCAAGGUGGUUCGGGGCUCAGACGGCACCGUGACCUAUACACCUAUCAGGGCCAAGCUGGCCGAAGCAAAGGCGGCUUUCUUCGCAGACUCCGCCAACAAGGGAAGUGCUGACGACAGUGGUUUCGUGUCGACAUCGCCUCAGCCGGUGCCGGUGUAGUCGGCAUCUCAAACUCAUGAUCAUCGAAGCAAAAAGAUUGUGCUCGAGAAUUUAGCAUAAUAAGGUUGCCCCAAUGAGGCAUACGAGCUUCGUCGAAAUGGGUGUGAGCUGUCUCGAUUGAAAUCACGUCCUGCACGGUGAAUAGGGCCCUUACGUUGAUGGGAAUGUCAAUCCUGAACGAAUGUCACAGACGACAACACCCGCUUUUUUUUUUCGUCCGGUGAUGCAGUUAUCCCUCCGCUUUUUUACGUGACGAAGUUGUUGACAUCUUUACUCUUCUUUUCAUCAUUAUUAUUAUUGUUGUUAUUAUUACGAGCAUGCGACGAAGUCAGAUGGCAUCCACGCGCCGCCUAUCGGGAUGGUUUUCUGUCCAACGUGCAUCUCUAUAUUUCUACACUAACAAAAGCGGCAGUACCUUCGGAACACCGAAAAACUUUGAAAUGCGUUCGAACAUCUUUCUCCGGUUCCCGAAAGGCCCAAAGCGAUGGACUCGCACUGGUAGACGUGGGUGAAUGCACUUCACUCGUCUUUUCCGAGUCCAAGGCAAGGAAGUGCACGCUGCGGCGAAUGACACUGCUUCUGCCUCUCAUUCAGGUUAUGAGGAUCCCACGUAACACCGAGGGGUACGAGGCCGGCACGUAGACGAAAGCUAACGUCGCAAACCUGCCCUUCGGGAAAAUCGAUGGAACCACCAGCGCACCCGUCCAUUAAAUUGACCAUCCUUAAUUGCCAGCUCAAGCGUCAUGAUGACCCGAGGCCGUGUAACUCUAGAUAACAAGACAUUGCUCCAGUUUGCUUCUCUUCAGUUGGACAAAGAGCCCUAGAGGCAACCAUAACGCCGCUCUAAACCUGUUUGAGUAGCCCUAACGUUACCACGGCCGAUGAACGAAGUGCCUUCUUGCCCUGAUCACAUAUAUUUACACACAUAUGGGUUGGUCGGGGAUGAAAACCGCCUUCCCUAUUUGCGCUUCUCUUUGUCUCCAUGGUACGCCCGACUGGAGGCGUUAUUCGUUGGCAGCGAAGCAUCGAGAAGCACUGCCAAAAUUAACUAAUGAUAACUAAAGACAAGCGCGGUUAUACGUCUUAUAAACUUGUACAGGCAGCAUCUAAAGGUUGCGUUAAAAAUUGCAUUUUAGCUUAGACUUCUUUUUUUUUGUUUGUCAGAUAGUGUGAUUUUGGAUUAUCUAGCACCAUCUCGAACACCGCAGAAUGCACGUAGGCACGCACGUUGCAAUUAAACGACCCCUUACAACGAAGGAAUUAACUAAUCCCUACUUACAACGAACCGGCAAGCCUAAGGAAAUGCAAGCGAUGCCUUGUAAGCACGUUACAGAAAAAGGAGGCAGUUCCGUUAUAAUUCGGAGGUCUUAGCAACUGUGUAACCACAACUGGCAACAAAUUCAAGCGGCGUAUUCGCAGCUAUCAUACGAUCUAAUCGGCUGAGAUGCUCGAUUCGACGCAAGCAAUUUUGUACAGCACCCCUCCCUCCUUUUUCUUUCCUUUUUUUUUUUUUUUUUGUCUUGAUUGUAAAGAGCGAGACUAUCGUAUACCGCCGCCGACUCGAGCAGCUAGCUCUCACACUGUCGCGUUGUUUAUACAACUUCCUCCGGUCGCAUUUUUAGCUCAGGUGAAAACGCCUCGCUUCCAAGUGGAAAGUUGUUUUUUGCCCCGCUGGCCACGGGAAAAAUAUUGAACCAGACCCGCUUUUGCACCCUUCGGGGCGUUUUUUUGUGCCAAACUGGCGAACGAAGCUUUCUGUUUUUCCUUGUCCCGGGUGCUCUAAAAACCAUCGUUCCGUGCCAAAACAGCGCAAUUGCGUUUCCUGGUGGCUAUGCACACUUAUGAUCGCAAUCUGCUUAACUUCGUUCGGGCCGGGUUAGCAGCGUAACGAUCCGAUACUCAACGCUAUGUAACAAAUCCUUAUCGAGACCGCCGUGUAAGCUGUCGCUUGCAGACUUUGCAUUUUCUUCGAGUAACAGAACGUUGCCUCGUUCGACACUCUUCUACGAUGUUUAAACUGCUGCACCGUUUACAGUAACUUUGGAUCAUAAGCAAAAUAUGAAAGGAGUGGCUUAGUCGUAAUGUUUCACGAUUACGCAGAAAACCCGAAGUCACGCCCCGCACGUGGGUAUUCGCAACCGAACACAUCUCCGCAGCGCCGUACUCUCUCCUUGGCAACGUCUUUAGUACAGGCGGCUGAGAACGUAUAGUUGAUGCUUUGUCAACAAUUUUCUAUCUCGCUUUCUUUUUUUUUUUUUUUUUGACGAAGAGACGUUUUUAGUUAAAUCAAAAGGUCAUGAUGCCUUCUGUGACCAUCGAAAUGUGUGCGUGUUUUACGUUUCGAAGCAAAGAAGACACUAUGGCGUCGACUCCGUCCAACAAACGUGGCAAUUUCUUCUUUUUUUUUUUUUUUUUGACGUAAGACGUAAUUACUGCCGCCACAUUUCUUUACCAUUGUUUGGCUUCAGAGUUUCUACAACCGUAAAGCAGCACGCUUCGCAUGUAUCGCGAGAUGUAUGAAUGCUGUUUGCAUCGCUGUAAAUAAAAGUUUGAAGUAACAUUA